AUGUACUACGGCAAUUUCUCCGGGGCCGCAUUCCCAGGCUGCUACUGGGGGAGCUACGGGUACCCCCUGGGCUACAGCGUGGGCUGUGGCUACGGCAGCACCUACGCCCCCGUGGGCUACGGCUGUGGCUACGGCUGUGGCUACGGCUUCGGCUAUAGGAGGUACUGGCCCUACACCCUCUACUGA